AUGGGUUCGAUGCCGAUGGAUGUCACCACGUCGACGAACGCGUCGUCUCGCAUCGCGCGCGCGCGCUCGAGGACGCGGUCGAAUCGGCGCGGAGGACGCGUGCUUCGCGCGCGCGCCGCGAGCGGAGACGAAGCGUCGAGCGCGGAGACGAAGCGGGGGCUCACGGCGGCGUGCGCGGCGCUCGGGCGCGGCGAGCGGGACGCGCGAGAGCGAACGCUCGAGCUCGCUCGGGCGUUAGAGGAAGCGGCGGCGAUCGAUGGGCGCGUAGAUGCGUUUGAUGCCACGAGCGUGAGUGGGAAGUGGAGCUUGCUCGCGAGCGUGGCGACGACGACGGGCGAGGCGGAGGAGCGGAGACGGUUGGAGGGCGUCGUCGGCGCCGCGCUCACGGACGCGAGCGGGAGCGGUGGACGCGGUGAAGAGGACGGGGCGUCGACGACGGGCGGCGGUGACGUGAUGCAGAGGAUUAAAUCGUUCUUCGUGCGCUCGCGGGGAAAUUUCCAAGAUUUGGACAUCGACGCGAAGACGGCUGAAAAUCGAGCAGAAUUCGACGCUUUCGGCGGCGCGACAAAGCUCACCGUGUCGCUCCGAGGCGAGUGCGAGGUCGACCCCGCGCGCGCGAAUCGUCUAAACGUACGAUUCAGAGAGGUCGAGAUCGCGCUCGGAUCGUCCGCGAGAGGGUUCAAGGCAUCGCUCGACGCGUUCGAACCCAGAGGAUGGUUGGACACCACCUACAUCGACGACGACCUUCGCGUCGGUCGAGGCGACAAGGGCUCCGUCUUCGUCGCCGCGCGCCGAGGGUGA